AUGCUUGCAAUCCCGCCUAUUCCUGAGAUCUCCAUCUCCCUUGCAUCCCCCCAAGAGCCCGAAUCCGAGCCGUUCUCGCCGUUCUCGCCCAGUUUCUCCAAGAAUCAGCCGCUUGUUGAGGACGAUGACGGCUGGAGGGCGACUCUGCUGUCGCCACCUCCAAUGCUCUCUCCGAGGAACCUUUCUCCCUUGCGUCCGGUAGACUCUGUAAGGGGAAGGGGCUUGGAAAGAGAGCGGUUCGAAGCACUUCUCAGAGCCUCUAGAGAGAGGAACGUGGGGUUGGGUGCGAAGAAACCGAUGGAUCUCCGGAAAGAGAUAGCAAUCAAGGCUCAUAAAAGCAAACAGGUCGAGCGUCGUGCCUUGUUCCUGUCAAAGGUGCAGGCUCCGCCAUCGCCCACCGCUACGCUGACACCGAAGACACCUCCCGAGUCUCCGGCCAUCUUUCACUACACCUUGCCUUCUCCUGGUCUGGACUCCCCUAUCGCCAUGUUCGAGUCAUUGUCGCAGCAUCAGCGUAAUGCACCCGUCCGCGAGCCUUGGGUCGAGCAGGUGGAGUUCCGUCUGGCCAGUCAUGCUGCUCAUGACACUCCCCUGAAAUCGGCGCCGGUGUUCAGUAAGCGGAAGCCCUUGCCUUCGCUUGAUCAGAUAACUGCACGCCUCGGCUCUCACGUCGCGGGACCCGUAAGCAAAAGCCGCUCGCCGUCUCGUGCAUCGGCACGGUUGCCAGCCUUCUUGCAAUCAGGCAGACAGUCUCCUCCCGGGCAAGCGCCACAGCUUAUUCAAAUCGAUCCGGUGCCUGUCGCACAGGCGAGACGCCCGCCUCCGACUGCCGUGGGCCGCUUGCAGUUCCCAACAAGGUCUGCUCGGACAGCAGAGUUUCCGAAGAUAACAAUCCGUGAACCCAAACCUUGCCUCCCUCCGGCCUCUCCCACUCUGUCCCCUCCUCCGGGCCUGGAAGUUACCACUACGCUGGUCCCGCGCACGGCUACGACAUCCCCGACUCAGAUCACCGAGUCUAAUCUCCUUGCGCUGAAUGCAAGCCUAGCUUCACGCGAGGAUACCGCGCGAAAGAUGCUGACUCGACUCAGGCGUCGCACGCUCCCUCCCACAGCCGCCACGUCUGACAUUGUUGGAUUCUCGCCCCAGGAGGAGCACGAACGGAAGCUCCGUCGGCGCAGUGCUCCACCUGAGCUGCAGGAGAUGGGACGUUCUGGAUUCUCGCAUCCAGUCCUUGCGCUUCCCGGAGCUUUCUGA